UGGCGCCAGUGUGCUGAGACGCAUGUAAACAGUUUGUGUCUUGCUUCUCUAGAGUUUUUUAAUUUCAAGUCAAAAUGGGUGAGCGCAAGGGACAAAAUAAAUACUAUCCGCCUGACUAUGAUCCAAAAAAGGGCGGACUCAACAAAUUUCGCGGCACACAUGCGCUACGGGAGCGUGCACGCAAAAUCCACCUGGGCAUCAUCAUCAUCCGCUUUGAGAUGCCCUACAAUAUCUGGUGCGAUGGCUGCAAGAAUCACAUUGGGAUGGGCGUGCGCUACAAUGCAGAGAAGACGAAGGUGGGCAUGUACUACACAACACCCAUCUAUAAAUUUCGCAUGAAAUGCCAUUUGUGCGACAAUCACUUCGAGAUCCAAACGGAUCCUGGAAAUCUGGAUUAUGUGAUACUAUCGGGCGCAAGACGGCAGGAAAAUCGCUGGGACCCAUUGCAGAACGAACAGGUGGUGCCCGAAACCAAAGAGGUGCAGAAGCGGCUCUUCGAUGAUGCCAUGUACAAGCUGGAGCAUCAGGCCAAGGAUGCCCAGGCGGCUGUGAAUGCAAAGCCAAUGCUCCAGAAGAUUGUGGAACGCAACCAAAGCGUUUGGGAUGACAACUAUGUGGCCAACUACAAGCUGCGUGCCGCAUUUCGGGAGCAGAAGAAGGAGCUGAAAGGACAGCAGGAAAUCGAUCGACAGCUUCUGGCUAAGAGCAGCCUGGACAUAGCUCUGCUGCCAGAGACGCAACAAGAUCGUGAUAUGGCUGCUCUGAUGAAAUUGCAGACGCGCAGCGCUAUAGAGCGUGAGUCAGAGCAGCGUCUGGAAUUGCUGAUGAGACCGGCGUUGCCAGGCACGACGAGCACAACCUUCGGUGGCUUGAAGCGGCAAAAGGCGUUGAGCACACACCUGCAGCUGCAGGAUUUGGGCAUCAAGCGAAAGGAGAAGACGAUAAAGUUGACGGAGACAGUAGGUGGAGAAGCAGAAUCAUCUGGAAAAGCAGGCACGAAAGAAGCAAGCGAUGCAGAGGCGGGCAGUGAGCCAGCGACUGCAACAAUGGAAACGGAAGAGCGAGAAACAGAAACUGGUAGAAAUGAAACAACUAGUUCAUCUGGCACAACACGAACUGGAGAGGAAAAAACAGAUGGUAUAUGGGCUACUUCAGCCAAUGGAACAGCCAGUUCAAAAGCGGGUACAACUAGUUUACCAACUGGAGCAGGCGACAAAGGAGAAAGUGGCGCAUCCACUCAAUCCUCAGCGCCAGCUCCUAGCGCACUCAGCCUGGUCUGCGGUUAUGCCAGUUCCAAUGGCAACAGCUCCGAUUCAAAUGACUAAAAUAUAAUUUUUUUUUUU